AGUCUCAGACUCGUGGGAGGAAGCAGUCCCAGCGAGGGGCGUGUUGAAAUCUUCAAUGGAACGCUGUGGGGCACUGUUUGCGAUGACGGUUUCGGUGACACGGAGGCUACGGUGGUUUGCCGGGAGCUAGGGUACGUUAGAGGCGUUGCUGUACAGCAAUGGGGUGGUGGCACCGGUCCCAUCCUCAUGGAUGACGUUGAUUGUGAUGACUCUCCACUGCCGAGCCGGCUGUUUCAGUGUGGUUUUAACGGCUGGGCCAACUGCGACCACUCCGAGGUGAGCUUGCCAUGGUGCCAUGAGUUGCAUACAUUUCUCAGACUCGUGGGCGGAAGCAGUCCCAGCGAGGGCCGUGUUGAAAUCUUCUAUGGAUCUAGUUGGGGCAGUGUCUGCGAUGAUGGUUUCGGUGACACGGAGGCUACGGUGGUUUGCCGGGAGCUAGGCUACGAUACAGGCAUUGCCGUACAAACAUGGGGUGGUGGCACCGGUCCCAUCCUCAUGGAUAACGUUUUUUGUUAUGGCUCUCCACCGCCGAGCCGGCUGUAUCAGUGUCGUUUCAACGGCUGGGGCAUGCAUGACUGUAGCCAUUCUGAGGACGUUGGUGUUCGAUGCUAUGGUAUUCUCAGACUCGUGGGCGGAAGCAGUCCCAGCGAGGGCCGUGUUGAAAUCUUCGAUGGAACGCUGUGGGGCACUGUCUGCGAUGACUACUUCCAUCACACGGAGGCUACGGUGGUUUGCCGGGAGCUAGGGUACGAUACAGGCAUUGCCGUACAAACAUGGGGUGGUGGCAGCGGUCCCAUCCUCAUGGAUAACGUUGAUUGUGAUGACUCUCCACUGCCGAGCCGGCUGUUUCAGUGCAGCUUCAGCGGCUGGGGCAUGCAUGACUGUAGCCAUGCUGAGGUGAGCAUGUAUGGAUGCAAUAUGUAUGAUCCUACAGCUACCCACGACGAACCUUGUCCCACUCAAACAAAUGUGCCUGUUUCUUAUUUGGAUAGACGUCUUUGCCCAGUUGCGUGUGAUGGCAUAGCGACCGAAACGAGAAAUAGAUGCUAUGUUGACGUUAUCCUCAGUUUGCACGCUGAGGUUUAUGGCGGCAGAACCGAUACGCUUGACGACGGGCGGUCCAUAAUCUAUGGUCUGGUCCACUUAUGGGCGAAAGGCGUCCCUGGUUGUUCAAACCGAAUAUUCUUUGUACUCAGUAGAAGUUUUUCGCCCACCUUGUAUUUGGCAACUCUGUUUUCGGUGUGCUCUUUGUAG